AUGGCUCCGUGUCGUGAUAAGUCAUUGGCCUUGAAAGUCACCGACUUCAACUACUACCUAAAUUGCAUAGUACAAAUAAUGUGCUACAGAGACAUCGUCGCGCCAGGUUCGGACGCAAAUGAAGUCAGCCACUUUUACGACAAGUUCCUGCGUGACAUUUUCCCCCGAAACGACCUAUUCAUGCUUGCAGUUUGGUUCCCCGCCAUGGCGAAAUCGGCGUCCCAAGAGGUUUCGGAUGUCGUCGUCCACCGUGUUAUAAGCCCUUUGGCCAAGGUGACUCAUGUCGUCCUCUGCCAUGCUCGGAAGCGGGAUCUUGAUAGCCACCCCACCGUGUGGGACGACAUCUUGCAUCUUGUCGUGCCUCAUGCGCUAAAGCUCCGCCGCGAAGAGGGCCAGGAUCCGGGACAGCCUCUGUACUUGACCGUGCAUGUCGGCGCUAAUUCACGCUUCUAUGAGCUUCGUCCCAGGGCGACCCAAGCGGUAACUAGCAGAUGGCUGCACGUAUGA